AUGACUGAGACGCAGAAGCCUCCCGUCUUCUCCCCUCCAGGCUUCCUCGACUACUCCCAUCGCCGCCUGCCCCCACUAGAGAUUCCCCCAGAUGCUGUACCACACCGGCCGGAUCACCACUUCCGCUCCCCCAUCAAUCAGCUCCCUUCAAUCCACUCUGGACUGCCUCCUCGCAAUGACUACCACCCACAGCCCCACGCGACACAUAGACCAGCAGCCGCGCCGGUUGACAAGCUGUUGCAGCCCUCCAAUCCAUACACCCCGCCCAGAUCCGAUCCGCCAUAUUCUCCUCGGCAAUACGGUCCUCCAAUCUCGCCACAUUCAGAAUAUGAUAGCAGAGGCCCGCGAAGACUAGCUGAACAGCGCUAUUCCUAUGAGGAGCACCGUCCUUUUCAGCGCCAUCCACCACGUCCUGAGCAAGGAGGGUAUUCGUCUCUUACUUCGCCAGUCGAACCAUCGCACCAAAGGUCUUAUCCUCCGCUUCCCUCACCUGCAUAUACCCCGAGCUAUGCAUCAAGUAGCACUCCGUAUCGCGGAUCUGUUGGCUCCCUACAACAUGCGCGAUCUCAACGCGGCUCCAUUGGAGGGCCUUUGGCCCCGGUUGCAUAUUCAGAGCCUUCGGCCGCUGCUCCUCCACCCCCAAAACAAGUGCGCCCUGUACCAUUACCAGGGUCCAUACCACAACCCGUGUACAACGAACAACUAAACCUAAACUAUGAGCUCCGUGUCCGACAACAGCCCAUUGCCGCACGAGCGUGCGGAUUCGGCGAACGCGACCGAAGAGUUAUUGACCCUCCACCCAUCAUCCAACUCUUAGUAACGGAUCCGAAAACUGGUGCUGCUGAACAAGAAGAGCUACGCUACUCUCUCAACGUAGUCCACUGCACGCUCUGGAAUGCAGAAGGCACCAACGAAGAAACAGCACUCAUACAACCAGACCGACGAACGACACGGCGAUUAAUGGGCCAGCUCGUAGCCUCGCCAUCCGUGGCAAAAGACGAGCACGACGUCGAGGGCUGCUUCUUUUGCUUCCCAGAUCUUUCAUGCCGCACCCAUGGCAAAUACCGUCUUCGGUUUGUGCUUAUGCGCAUUGAUCCCAUGAACCUGCACGUAGGAGGCUUCUCGCCAAUCCUGACCGAAGUCUUGAGUGACGUCUUUACCGUAUACACAGCCAAAGAUUUUCCCGGUAUGCGGCCGAGCAGCGCUCUGACCAGGGCAUUAAAGCUACAAGGCUGUAACAUUCAAGUCAAAAAGGGAAACGAGAAGGCGCUUGCACGUAAGCGACUUACUGCGAGUCAAGAGCACGACAACGCAGAAGAAGAGGAGCUCAAGAGGCGGCGUAGGGAAUAA